CCUGUUCACGAUGCUGGUAUUUGGACCAGCCUGUGGAUUUAUCCUGGGCUCUUUCUGUACCAAAAUCUAUGUGGAUGCAGUCUUCAUUGACACAAGUAACCUGGACAUCACCCCGGACGACCCCCGCUGGAUCGGAGCCUGGUGGGGCGGCUUUCUGCUCUGUGGUGCCUUACUCUUCUUCUCCUCCCUCUUGAUGUUCGGGUUCCCACAGUCCCUGCCCCCACACUCAGACCCUGCCAUGGAGAGUGAGCAGGCCAUGCUCCCCGAAAGAGAAUAUGAAAGGCCCACGCCCAGCAACGGGGUCCUGAGGCACCCGCUGGAGCCAGACGGCAGUGCCUCCUGCUUCCAGCAGCUGAGAGUGAUCCCGAAGGUCACCAAGCACCUGCUCUCAAACCCUGUGUUCACCUGCAUCAUCCUGGCCGCCUGCAUGGAGAUUGCAGUGGUGGCUGGCUUCGCUGCCUUCUUGGGGAAGUACCUGGAGCAGCAGUUUAACCUCACCACCUCUUCUGCCAACCAGCUGCUCGGGAUGACUGCGAUCCCAUGUGCCUGUCUGGGAAUCUUCCUGGGCGGUCUCCUGGUGAAGAAGCUCAGCCUGUCUGCCCUGGGGGCCAUUCGGAUGGCCAUGAUUGUCAACCUGGUGUCCACAGCUUGCUAUGUCUCCUUCCUCUUCCUGGGCUGUGACACAGGCCCUGUGGCUGGGGUUACUGUUCCCUAUGGAAACAACUCAGCACCUGGCUCGGCCCUGGACCCGUACUCACCCUGCAAUAACAACUGUGAAUGCCAAACUGAUUCCUUCACUCCAGUGUGUGGGGCAGAUGGCAUCACCUACCUGUCUGCCUGCUUUGCUGGCUGCAACAGCACGAAUCUCACGGGCUGUGCGUGCCUCACCACUGUCCCCCCUGAAAAUGCGACUGUGGUUCCUGGAAAAUGCCCCAGCCCUGGGUGCCAGGAGGCCUUCCUCACUUUCCUCUGUGUGAUGUGCGUCUGUAGCAUGAUCGGUGCCAUGGCGCAGACGCCCUCGGUCAUCAUCCUGAUCAGGACAGUCAGCCCUGAACUCAAGUCGUACGCCCUGGGAGUUCUUUUUCUCCUCCUUCGUUUGUUAGGCUUCAUCCCCCCACCCCUCAUCUUUGGGGCUGGCAUCGACUCCACCUGUCUGUUCUGGAGCACGUUCUGCGGGGAGCAAGGUGCCUGCGUCCUCUACGACAACGUGGUCUACAGAUACCUGUACGUCAGCAUCGCCAUUGCGCUCAAGUCCUUCGCCUUCAUCCUCUACACCACCACGUGGCAGUGCCUGAGGAAAAACUAUAAACGCUACAUCAAAAACCACGAGGGCGGGCUGAGCACCACUCUCACCUCCAAGACUGCCAGCAGAAGCCCUAAGACUGUAAGAACUUGAGCCUUGAGAACGUUGAGGAAGGAUUCUCCAGAUUGCCCAGAAUCAAUGGGCUUCCUUCUCUGUAUGCCAGGUCUCAGCUUCAAAAUCCUGAGGAAAGGAGUGACAGUCCCAAACUGUCACCUUUUGUACCACCAGGUCAAAGUUUAAAGAUGACAAAUGAAUGGGGACUUCUGUGGCCCCACCAUGCCUGUCAUUAACAAGAAAGCUGUAUGUCACAGUCAAUGAGACCUGUACUGCUUGUGAACUGUCACAGGGACUAGUUGGGUCUUGAAUACCUUUUAAAUGAAGCCACUGCAUCUAUUUUGUAAGAGUGACAUAGGCUUAACAACCUUGCUCCGAUGAGCAGAUUGUUUCACUCAGCAUGCGGUGAAUAUCUGUGGCUAAAUGAAAAACACACUGGUCCAGAAUGCGAGAGGACAAGUCAUGACACUGGGAGCCAGAGGUUUUCUCUGGCACUCAGGACCACUUCGAUAGAGAUGUGCAGUGACACUUAAGAGUCCUAGCAAACAAGCUCGUCUGUCACUGGGGAUUUACCUGAGAGUAAGUUAAUGGCCGGGAUACAUCUUAUUAAAUCCACCUGGAUGUUGUAUGGACACACAGACACAUAUCCUUCUCAGAAAGAUUUGGCCUUCGAAAAGGUCUUUUGGCUUGGAAUCUGGUCCCUUGGGGUUACAUGGAGCGAAAACCAGCACUUUAUUGCUUCAACUUCCUACUCUUGUUUAUUCCACUGGAAAGCCAUGAUGCUAUUAUAUAAGCCUAAAAAAUAAGUAGGAAAAGCAGAAAAGACCGAUCUCUUUUUCCUCUUGGCUCUUCUUCCCUCCUCCC